AAUGCUCUCCAAAAACAAAAAAUAAGCAGUGUUGAAGUUCCUCACUCCACCAACCACUUAUACAUUGUCAAAGUAAAGUCGCCAGCCAAUCAAGAAAAAACUAUCUCGGUGGUUGGAACGGGGGAAAAAUUGCCCGAAGAAAAAACUUAUUUUGAUUUGGCCGACUUAAUUUGUGCGGUAGUAGGUUACAUUAACCUCCAUCAUGGUUUAGGUAAUACUGAAAAAAGGGAAGAUGAGGAUAAAUUAGAAAAUCAAACUAUUCGUCGAGUUGGCGAUUUAGUUUACAAUAUUUUUGACAACAAAUUAGGCAAUUUCGAUAACCUUAUCAAACAUUUUUUUAAUAAGUCCACUUUAGUUCGCUUACAAAAUCAAAAUAAUCCCUUAGCAAUUAUUUCAGAUGGAAUGGUAUCAAGUGUGAUGGGGCUGGGAGGACGUAAUUCGGUUAAUGCUACUUUAGCGGCCCGGAAUGUUUAUUCCUCUUUUAGUGGUCGUUAUGACCCAGUAGAAACCCCCGAAGGACGAAAUACUGGUUUGGUUCGCCGAAUAACGAUUGGGGCUAAAAUAAACGAUGAGGGGCAAAUAACUACUCCCUAUUUUCCGGUUCGUAAUGGAUUAAUUGUGCCCUCCUUGGUUUACCUAACCAGUGAAGAAGAAAAAGAUAAAUAUAUUGCUCACUUUAACCUAAAAAUUGAUGAUAAAAAUCAGAUUACGGAAGAAACGGUGUUGGCUAUUCACCAAGGGAAUUAUGUUCGCAUUCCCAAAGAGAAAUUAGAGUUUAUUUACAGUUCCUUUUAUCAUUUAAAUUCAGUAACCAGUGCUACCAUUCCCUUUUUUCAUCACAACGAUGCUACCCGCAUGCUAAUGGCAACUAAUAUGCAAAGACAAGCGGUAACUCUCUUGAAAAGUCAAGAACCAUUAGUGGCCAGUGGAAUUGAAGCGGGUCUUCUAAAUAACUCCCCCUUAGCAGUUAAGGCGGAAGAAAAAGGAGUUGUAGAAUAUGCCGAUAGUGAUAAAAUUGAAAAAGGACAAAUGCUGGCCUGCGGAAAUUACGCUAACAAUGGAGAAUUAUCAUUGGGCAAUAAUUUACGAGUUGGUUUUUUUUGUUUUGAUGGUUAUAAUUAUGAAGAUGGAUUUGCCAUUAGUGAAAGAUUAGUUAAGGAGGAUAUUCUUACUUCCUUUUUUGUCAAAAAGCAUACGAUUACCCGGCACAAUACCAAAUAUGGUCCAGAAAUAUUCACUCCUUCCUUUCCUCGUAACGAAAAGAAACAAUUUCCGCACUUGGAUAAAAACGGAAUUGCCAAAAUUGGAAGUCGAGUCAAAGGUAAUGAUAUUUUGGUUG